AUGUCCUAUUAUACACAUAACAGCUUAUUUCCGGGUUCAACUCAUCCGAUUCCAAAUGGAUACGCCGCCCAAAUGGAGGACAAACAUAAGAUGAACGUAGUUUUUCUGGACGUCACUCCGGCCAGGACUCCGUACGGGAAACCUCCUUCCCCGAACGCGAUAGCACCUUUGGAGAAUAACUUAAUCAACCCGAUCAUCAACAGAGACAUUAUCUACGAAAACCUCAAGCCUGUGUUUACUGUUUUGCGCGUAAUGGGAGUCCUCCCGAUCACCAGACCUUCUCCUGGCACAAACAGAUUCCAGCUGCUGUCUCCGUCGAUGAUUUACUCCGCCAUCGUUUACUUCUCUAUGAUUACCUACGUCUUAUACCUGUCCCUUCAUAAAGUUCAAAUCAUGAGGACGUCAGAAGGCAAGUUCGAAGAGGCUGUCAUCGAAUAUCUGUUUACUGUGUACCUUUUCCCGAUGAUAGCCGUUCCUAUUCUUUGGUAUGAGACGCGAAAAAUUGCCGGCAUACUCAACGAGUGGGUUAAGUUUGAGACUGCUUACCGUCAGCUGUUGGGCCAAGUCCUGAGCAUAAAAAUGUAUAGGAAAGCAUUAUUGAUCAGCAUCAUCAUCCCAGUUCUAUCCACCACAUCUGUAAUCAUCACACAUGUUACCAUGGUUCAUUUCAAGCCGAUGCAGCUCAUACCAUACGUUUUCUUGGAAAUCCUCACUUACAUGAUGGGAGGUUACUGGUACCUCAUAUGCGAAGCUCUAAGUGUGUGCGCUAAUAUCUUAGCAGAAGACUUUUAUCAGGCUUUACGAAACAUCGGACCAGCAAAGAAAAUAUCGGACUACCGCGCUCUCUGGCUACGUCUGAGCAAGAUCGCUCGGGACACUGGGAUUGCUAACUGCUACACGUUCACCUUUGUUAAUCUCUACCUGUUCCUCAUCAUAACGCUGUCCAUCUACGGCCUGCUCAGUCAGAUCUCGGAAGGAUUCGGGAUAAAGGACGUCGGCUUGGCGGUCACGGCAUGUUGCAGUAUCCUGUUGUUGUUCUUCAUUUGCGACCAGGCGCAUUAUGCUUCCAACUGCGUGCGUUCCAACUUUCAAAAGAAGCUACUGAUGGUGGAACUUUCAUGGAUGAAUACGGACGCGCAAACAGAGGUGAACAUGUUCCUACGUGCCACUGAAAUGAACCCCGCGCAGAUCAGCCUCGACGGAUUCUUCGACGUCAACAGAACGCUGUUCAAAUCACUAAUGGCCACAAUGGUGACGUACCUCGUUGUGUUACUUCAAUUCCAAAUCAGCAUACCGUCUGAUAGCCAAGCGGAGGAGGACCAAAUCGUCAACAAUGUUACAAUGGACUUCACGGAUCCGAUAACCACCACCACGACCGCCAUUACAACUGUACUGACCACUAUUGCAAAGAAGAAAAGGAAACAUUAA